GUUUCUUCCCCCGCCCCUCUCCCUCUCUCUCCCCCUGCCUCUGCCUCUGCCUCGCUCCCAUAGCAAUGGCGUGCAAGCUUCCAGCUCAGCUAGCAACCCCAGGAAAACUCCAUCACCACUGUCAAUUCACCAUCACAUCCGCCUUUAUUCCCCUCUCCUGGCGUAGGACUCUGUCACCAGAACCUCUCCUCUCUCUUUCCACCUCAUUUCCUUCAGGGAAGUGUAAUGGAAAGCAACUUGUGACAUGUAGUGCUAUUGGGACUGCAGAGGCAACAGGGGCAGUGAAUUUAGGACCAGGGACUCCAGUUAGACCAACCAGUAUAUUAGUUGUAGGAGCCACUGGUACUUUAGGCAGGCAAAUUGUGAGAAGAGCCCUUGAUGAAGGCUAUGAUGUUAGGUGUCUUGUUAGGCCUAGACCUGCCCCUGCUGAUUUCCUUCGUGAUUGGGGUGCCACUGUUGUCAAUGCAGAUCUUAGUAAGCCUGAGACUAUACCUGCAACAAUGGUUGGGGUUCAUACAGUUAUUGACUGUGCUACUGGGCGUCCCGAAGAGCCCAUUAAAACGGUAGAUUGGGAAGGAAAAGUUGCUCUAAUACAAUGUGCAAAAGCAAUGGGAAUCCAGAAGUAUGUGUUCUAUUCUAUCCACAACUGUGACAAGCAUCCUGAAGUUCCCCUAAUGGAGAUUAAAUAUUGCACUGAGAAGUUUCUUCAGGACUCUGGUCUAACCCACGUCAUUAUCCGUCUAUGUGGUUUCAUGCAAGGCCUUAUUGGGCAAUAUGCAGUACCUAUUCUAGAAGAGAAAUCUGUAUGGGGAACAGAUGCCCCAACAAGAAUUGCAUACAUGGAUACCCAGGAUAUAGCUCGACUGACACUUGUAGCAUUACGGAAUGAGAAAAUUAAUGGGAAGCUCCUCACCUUUGCUGGCCCUCGAGCUUGGACUACUCAAGAGGUCAUAACAUUGUGCGAGAGGCUUGCGGGGCAGGAUGCAAAUGUUACUACUGUCCCAGUCUCUGUCUUAAGAUUCACUCGUCAGUUGACUCGGUUUUUUGAGUGGACAAGUGAUGUUGCUGAUCGGCUAGCAUUUUCAGAGGUCCUUACAAGUGAUGUUGUUUUUUCCGCUCCGAUGACUGAGACAUACAGUCUUCUAGGGGUGGAGCAGAAAGAUAUAGUUACACUGGAGAAGUAUUUGCAGGAUUAUUUUACAAACAUAUUGAAGAAACUGAAAGACCUCAAAGCACAAUCAAAACAAAGCGACUUCUACAUCUGAAGAAGCAAGAUUAUGUUACUGUAAAUGAAGCUAUAUAUGUAUUUAAGCACAAGUUUUGUGUUUGGCAAAAUGUAUGAAUAGGCAACGCCAUUCAUAUUCCGCAAUUUGAUCCUCGCUCUUUUCUCUAUUCCACUUUUUCUGUCUUUUCCUUUGGUCAAAAUUGAACAGUGAAGAAUUACUCAAUACUAAAAGGUAUUAGCUUUUGGAAUUA